AUGAUUUCUCACAAUGAAGUCUUGGGGAUUGUCUAUCUGAACCUGAUAGUACUUGGAAUCAUGGGGAACUCUUUCUUCCUUUACCUGUAUGGCCAUAAAUCCAUCACUAGUCAUAGGACAAGACCUAUAAAUAUGAUUGUCAUCCACAUGGCCUUUUCCAAUGCCAUGCUGAUUCUCUUUGGAGGAGUCCCCAAGAUAAUGCAGGUCUGGGUGUUGAAAUCUUUCCUAGAUUGUAACGAGGUUAGAAUUCUAAAUUACCUGAUGCAAGCAGCCCAGGGACUUUCCCUCUGUAGCUCUUGCCUCCUCAGUGUCUCCCAGGCCAUCUCCAUCAGUCCCUAUAGUCCCAUGUGGGCAGGGCUCAAGGCUAGAGCCCCAAAAUGUACCCUCCCCUGCUGUCUCCUCUGCUGGGUUCUCAAUCUACUGAUAGCCAUCAUCAUUCCUGUAUGUGUGACCUGCCCAAGAAACAAGAAAGAGAGGUGGACUAUUUGGUCCAGCUCUCUGAAGUUGCAUGCCAUAAAUACUAUGAAAAUUGCAAUCUGGAAGUCUGUUUAUGACAGUGUGUUUGUGGGUCUCAUGGCCAUUACCAGUGGCUACAUGGUGCUUGUCCUGUGCAGACACCAUCAUCGGGUCCAGCACAUUCACAGAGCCAACAUGUCCCCCAGGGCCUCCCCAGAGACCAGGGCCACCAAAGCCAUCCCAUUCCUGAUGAUCUUCUUUGUCUGCUUUACCUCAAUCAGCUCCCCUUUUAGUGUUCAUAUGGUAUAUUCUGAAGAAACUAAGCAUUGGGUGAUAAAUGGCAUAAUCAUUCUGUCCCUGUGUUAUCCUGCAGUAAGCCCCUUUAUACUGCUCAGCAGUGACACUCAGAUCACCCGGGCCUGUUAUGGUCUCUGA